GUCGCCUGUCUGCUGUCGUUUGACAAGUGUUUUAUUUCAUUUUCAACAGUUUUUGUGCGUAAAGCAAUGCUUAAUUUAGUGAUAUUAGUUGCUAAUUAAUUUAAAACUGUGGAACUUUACUAAGCAGCAGUGUUAAUUAAAAAUACCACUACUGUUGCCGUUCGUUCAACGGAUGGACGCUUGUUGUGUCACGCCAGUCGCUAUUUUGCAGUCGUAAUUGGAUCGUGGACGGUGUGGGGAAUACCAAGUGCUACUUUUAAUCGAUGGGCGAUUGAGCGUUUCCGUGGUGUAAUUAUUGGCGGGGUUCGCGUUCCCGCGGUUCGGUGAUUCACUGAGUGGAGAAAACAUUUGUAACCAUGGACACCGAUGAUGGAGAGUCCUCCAGCAGCGGCCCUAUGUCCAGUCUGAAUAGCCUUUUCUCAUUUACAAGCCCGGCUGUGAAGAAACUCUUGGGCUGGAAACAGGGUGAUGAAGAAGAGAAAUGGGCUGAAAAGGCAGUGGACAGUUUGGUCAAGAAACUAAAGAAGCGGAAAGGAGCCAUUGAGGAGCUAGAGCGGGCCCUGUCUUGUCCUGGGACACCCUCGAAGUGCGUCACCAUACCGCGCUCCCUGGAUGGCCGAUUGCAGGUGUCCCACCGCAAAGGCCUCCCGCACGUGAUCUAUUGCCGCGUGUGGCGCUGGCCCGACCUGCAGAGCCACCACGAGCUAAAGCCGCUCGAGAUCUGUCAGUACCCCUUUAGCGCCAAGCAGAAGGAAGUAUGCAUCAACCCUUACCACUACAAGCGCGUCGAGAGCCCCGUCUUACCCCCGGUGUUAGUUCCACGCCAUUCUGAGUUCGCGCCGGGACAUUCGCUUCUACCUUUCCAGCGGACGACGGAGCCGGCUAUGCCCCACAACGUAUCCUACUCUGGCUCAGGUUUCCCACCUUCCGCCAGCUCGGAACUCCCCGAUACGCCCCCGCCAGCCUAUUCCCCCCCUUCGGACGACACCGAACCACCCGGGGAAGUCGCUCCCGUCUCCUAUCAGGAACCACUCUAUUGGGCGUCCGUAGCUUAUUAUGAACUGAACUGUCGAGUCGGGGAAGUGUUCCACUGCAGUUCUCAUUCGGUGGUCGUCGACGGCUUCACCGACCCGUCCAGCAACAGCGAUCGCUUCUGCCUCGGCCAGCUCAGCAACGUCAACAGGAACUCGACCAUCGAGAACACCAGACGUCAUAUAGGAAAAGGCGUGCAUCUUUACUACGUGGGUGGCGAGGUUUAUGCAGAAUGUCUAUCUGACGCAGCGAUAUUCGUGCAGAGCCGCAACUGCAAUCACCACCACGGUUUCCACCCGUCGACCGUCUGCAAGAUUCCCCCGGGUUGCUCGCUGAAAAUCUUCAACAACCGGGAGUUCGCUCAGCUGCUGUCCCAGAGCGUGAACCACGGCUUCGAAGCGGUUUACGAGUUGACCAAGAUGUGCACGAUUCGGAUGUCGUUCGUGAAAGGGUGGGGGGCCGAAUAUCAUCGCCAGGACGUGACAUCGACGCCAUGCUGGAUCGAGAUCCAUCUGCAUGGCCCGCUGCAGUGGCUCGAUAAAGUCCUGACCCAAAUGGGCUCGCCCCACAACGCUAUCUCCUCGGUGUCUUAGCCGCGUUGCCGAGACCCCCCUCCCCACCGCAUCUUAUUGUAUUUCAAAUCUGGUAUUAGUGAAUCAAUCUCACGAAAGGGUGUCAUGUUUUGUGCAUUUCGUUGUUUUGUAGUUCGUAAAUUAUUCGGUUGCUUUUAGAGUAGGCGCACACCGUUGAUUUUUCGUCGGCCGAUAGUUUAGUCGGGCAGUUGACCAGUAUGAGCAUGUAUGGGAGUGCGCACACUACGCCGAUUCGAUUUGGCCGAUUCUUUAUACAUUUUAAAAUUGGGCACAACUAUCGGCCAACUAAAAAUCAACGGUGUGCACCUACUCUUAGAAAUCAGUUCCGCGUUUUCCGCGUAUCGGGAUAAAGUAACCCUACGUGAAGCCAAUAGUAGAUGAUCUAACCUUGUUUUAGGAUUAACCUCAGAUUACAUACGUAAUAUUAUAUAUUUUGAACUUUAAAGACAUUUAUGCUAGACUGAGAAUUAAAAUUACUACAAUUUCUGACUCGGCGCGAUAAUUUUAGCUUCACAGAUAUUGGCUGAAAGGUUCCCCCUAUUUUCGAAUGUUGCAGCUCAAAUGGCGUGUCCAAUGUAAUCGUAACUUCAGAUUUAGCGUUACUACUAUAAAGACAGAUACGAUAGACGUACGUUAUGAAAUAAUUAUACUCGUGAAUGUUUAUGACAAGGUAAAAGAUAUUAUUGGUGUACAUAAUGUUUUUAUUUUUGAAAAUGUUCGAUGUAAGUUUAUGGCAUCUAAGUUUUCUUUGGCACAAAAGUUCGAAAGUUGAAUAUUUACGAUAUUAUGUAAGUGAUGAUUAUACACAAAUAUAUUGUAGUUUAAGACAGAAUGUUAGUUUCGUAUAAAGUAUAUGUUUAGGAGCUUAUUGACGAAUGCAAUUUUUAUUAUUAUAACGUACAGUUAUUAUUAUUAAAGGGGACAGUGGCUUUUUUAUUUAUGUAUAUUUAUCUCAAAGCUUUGAUAAUGAACGUACGUAGUCGAUGAUCGCUUACCAUCAGAUCGGGUAUGCCCGAUUGCCGAUAUUUGUUUAUGAAAAUGUUUUAAAACAACAUAAAAAAAAAAUGUUCUCCAAUUUAUGCAUAAAUAUUAAAAGCCACAUCCUCAAAUGCAUAGUUUUAAGUAAUAUGUGUUCUAUGUAACUAUAAAUUUUAUGAAUUAAGACAAACAGUACCAACUAACAUGUUAUGUCGUGAACAUAAUGUGCAUAUAAAUUAAUUAAUGUACUCUCAUGCUUACUGCUUUGAUGCCAAUCCUAAAUCUACAAGUUUUCACAGAAAUUGAAUAAGUAAAGGUGCAGAUACACAUGCUCAAUACUAGCACGAAAGCAUUCUACUAUUGAGUAAAAUGCUCCUUAGAAGCAUGUGUGUCGAAACAAUUGCUAACAAUAAGCAUUUUCAUUUGAAAUUGUUCGAGCGCACUUGUAUUAAGCAUGCUAAUAAGCAUGACACUUUACGAGCAUGUGUAUCGGUACCUUAAUAUUGCGCAAAAUGAUGGAUUACAACGCUUAAAACCAUAAUAGUGUUAUUUGGUGCUUUUGUUUCAACGUAUAUUCGUGCCAUUUCGGUAAAUUUUAAUCUUGAAUUUAAAGCAAAUAAAUUCAAAAUUUUU